GUGACGCAUUAGUCACGCGCCACCCAUGAACGCGACAGAGCACAGCGCGACCAACACCGAACAACGAUCGAUUCUUUCUAUCGCCGUCAACGGUGACAAUGUUAAUGUAUAACAAAUUCUGUAGACCUGAAACUUGACCAAAUGACUUCAGACUCUAAUAAUCCUUCUCUAAAGUCUGAAAUCAUCGACAAGCUCUCAACUUGUGUAGAAAUUUCCACUCCACUUGAUCCAGCUUCCAUCCCCAUUCACCCUCCGAGCGGAACACCAAGACCAAUGGAGGGCCAGUUGUUGGAUGAUGUAAAGAUGGCAGAGGAGACAAUAGUUGAUGAUUCGGAUGAAGUCCCUACAACUAAUGGCGUACACACCGCUGACGCCGAUGGAGAUGUCCACAUGGACCAGUCUCCCCCUACCACCAACGGUCACUCCAAUGAUACACCAUCCCAUUUCUCACCAGCUCCUGUGGACUCUGCUGGCCCACCGACAUCGCGUGCUACUUCCAAUUUCGAUUCUCCUCAGCAGCGCUCGGACGCCGUCGAUGAUGAUGAAGCCAAACCACCCCCAGCUAAGCGCGCGCGUAAAUAUUCAGACGCCGAUCAGGCAUCCAUUGCCAAUACUGGUUCUCCCCCUCCUAUUACAGCAUCCUCUGUACAAACAAAUGGUGACACCGUUGUAUCAAGUUCAAUCCCAGCGUCUACACCAACGGGCAACGGCAUAUCGACCCUCAGCCCCGUGCAACACAGAUUUUGUCUGUCCACGAUACGUUCGCUUAAGAAGCUCAAAGAUGCUUCUGCAUUUGUGCAUCCCGUGGACCCCGUCGCUCUUAAUAUUCCCCAUUACCCGACCAUAAUUAAGACCCCAAUGGACCUGAGCACCAUCGAGCGCAAGCUCAUGUCAUCUAAUCCCGCUAAGCCAGAGACCAAUCCCAACAUUCCACGCUAUUACAGCGCGGAGGAGUUCGUAUCUGACGUGCGGCUGGUGUUCAGCAAUUGCAUCACGUUCAAUGGCCCGGACCAUGUGAUUGCUCAGGCAGGCAAACACGUCGAGGCUGUCUUUGAUAAGCAGAUCAAGCAGCUUCCACCUCCGGCCGAGCCGAAGCCUCCUAUUGUCAAGAAAGUUGCCACGCCUCCACCCCCCCCUCCACCAGCUCCCCCCAAGAAAGCCGCGGCAGCACCUGUUCGUCGUCCUUCAACCUCCGUUCCUGUCAUUCGGCGCAACGAGGCCGAACAGGCAUCUGCACGGCCGAAACGUGAAAUUCAUCCUCCUCCUCCCAAAGACCUACCAUAUGCCGAUGUGCCAAAAAAGAUGCGCAAGGUCAAGGUGCCUAAGGACGAUGGCACAGGGGAACAGCUCAAAUAUUGUGGAAGGAUCUUGAGUGACCUCCAGCGAAAGCAGCAUCAAACGAUUGCUGCUCCGUUCUAUGAGCCUGUUGAUGCUAUAAAGCUUGAUAUUCCGACGUAUUAUAGAGUCAUCAAGAAACCCAUGGACAUGUCAACCAUGCGGAAGAAGCUAGAGGCCGGGGAGUAUCCCAAUGCCUCGAAGUUCUUUGAUGACUUCAAACUCAUGAUCCGCAACUGUUUCUUGUUCAACCCCGCCGGAACACCUGUCAAUCAAGCAGGGAUCGAGUUGCAGCGGUUGUUUGACGAGAAGUGGAAGAAUCUACCGCCCCUUCGGGAUGCAAGUGAUGAUGAAGAGGAGGAGGAAGAAGAUGAGGAGUCGGAGGAAGAACGUAAUCGCAGGAUCGCCGCCAUGGAGGCUCAAAUUGAGUCUAUGCGCGGUAAUCUCAUGGCUCUGAAGGCCAAGCCGGCUAAGGAGAAGAAGAAAAAGGAGAAGAAAGAGAAGGCUCCUGUCGCUUCUACCUCAAAGGCUGCUGCUUCGCGCGCGCCCAAGGCAGCACCUGCUACCAACGGGAACAAGCGUAAGACCACGACAAAGAAACCUAUGGCGGAGGACGAUGCGCUGUCGUUUGAGCAGAAGAAGGACUUGAGUGAGGCUAUUACCAGUCUCGAUGGGGUCAAGCUUGAGAAGGUCAUCCAAAUCAUUCAUGAGGGCGUUCCCGAAAUUCGUGAUAGUACCGAGGAGAUCGAACUUGAGAUCGAUAUACUACCACCACAUGUUCUCACAAAGUUAUACAACUUUGUGCUUCGACCUCUACGGCAACCAACGCAGAAACGGAAUCGAACUGGCAAGGGCACGGGUACUGGUGGCCUUAAACGGAAGAGCAUGGACGAGACUGCUGAAGCUGAAAAGAUUCGCAAGCUGGAGGAGCGGAUGCGACUCUUCGACGAUAACAACUUUGCCACACCCAACGCUACACCUGCGCUAGCUCAUCAGAACGAUAGCGAUCAUUCAUCGGACUCCUCUUCAGACGACAGCUCGGGCAGCGAGUCGGAGUAACUCGUCUUUACUACCUUGCGACGUCGCUCAUCGUAUGCGGCUGAUAUUUUUUGCGCGGCUUUGUCGGGUUGUUGGUAGAGUUUUCUUCUUCACCCCCCGCUUAUUGUUCUCCUUUAAUUGCGA